GGGGCUGCGAGGGAAAGGCCGCCCCCUUGGAAGCGGCGCUGGAGGCUCCUCGCGUCUCUCGCUCUCCUCCCGGCCGCCAUUCCCGCCCCGCCGAUGGAGGAGCCGCCGUCUCCGGCCUGAGCUGAAGGGAAGGGGAGGGAAAGGAGAGAGCAGAGAGGCGGCUCGGCUCGGCUCCCCGCCGGGCUGGCACAGCAUGGUCGAGUACAUUGUGGAGUAUGAUUAUGAUGCAGUGCAUGACGACGAGCUGACCAUUCGAGUGGGUGAGAUCCUGAGGAAUGUGAAAAAAUUGGAAGAGGAAGGAUGGCUGGAAGGAGAGCUAAAUGGGAGGCGGGGCAUGUUUCCUGACAACUUCGUUAAGGCAAUGAAGAAGGAGCCAGAACCUAAAGACGAGAGCUUGCCCGUCAAAAGAGAGAGGCAUGGAAACGUCGCCAGCCUUGUCCAGCGCAUGAGCACGUAUGGGAUUCCAACAGGAGCCUUCCAACCCCCUUCCCAGUCCAAAGGCUUCCGAAGGAAAUCCAAAAAGCGGCAGUGCAAAGUUAUGUUCGAGUACACUCCUCAAAACGAGGACGAGUUGGAGCUGAAACUCGGAGACGUUAUCGACAUUCAUGAAGAGGUGGAAGAAGGCUGGUGGAGCGGAACGCUGAGCGGAAAGGCAGGCCUGUUUCCUUCCAACUUUGUGAAAGAGCUAGAAGUAUCCGACGAUGGCGACUCCCAAGAAGCCUGCUCGGAUGACUCCGAGGCUGUUUUUACUGGCCUCGUCUUGCCUGUCACUUCACCAGGAAAUGGGAACGAGCCUGGAAACGCACAGAUUGCCCAGCCAAAGAAAAUCCGAGGCGUUGGAUUCGGAGACAUUUUCAAGGAAGGCUCAGUGAAGCUGAAGACCAGAUCGCCCAGUAGCGAUUCGGAAGAGAAGAAGCCAGAUAAGCCCUUACCUAGUCAUCCGCCCGGACCAAAGCUUACCCAGUUUCCUAGCGUAACAAAAUCAGAAGCUGCGACCGAGGCAGCAAAAGCAGAAGCGGAAACCAAACAAAAAGUUAAAGAAUAUUGCAAGACCUUGUUUGCCUAUGAGGGCGCCAAUGAGGAUGAGCUCAGUUUUAAAGAAGGCGAUAUUAUCCUAUUAAUAAGUAAGCAUACCGGAGAGCCGGGAUGGUGGAAAGGAGAGCUUAAUGGUAAAGAAGGCGUUUUCCCGGACAACUUUGCUGUUCAGAUCUAUGAAUCAAAUAAAGACUUCCCUAAGCCAAAGAAACCACCACCUCCUGUAAAGAGUCCAGGCCCAAAGCCAGAGCUUCCAUCUGUGGAGAAGAAGUUUCCUCUCAAGAUUGAAGAAAAAGAUGAAAAAACAGCUUUGGAUCAGAAAACUCCUAAACCGGCAGCCCCUCAAGUACCACCCAAGAAACCCGCCCCUCCAAACAAGUCGAAUAACUUCUUACGAGGUGGGAUUUUACACCCGAAACGGCCAGAUAAGCCAAUCAUGCAGCCGUCACUAUCCAAAGCAAAUGGAGAAGUGGUUUCCUUGAGACCAAAAUCUGAAAUCGAGCCUGUAGCAAAACCAAAGUUAGACUCGGAGCAGUUGCCCCCGAGACCAAAAUCCGUAGAGGUAGAUUCAGUUGCAAUAAAGAACUCAAAAGAAACAGAUCUUUUAAGUUUUGAUGACAUAAUAGCUACCUCAGAUAAUUUAUCACAUCCCACAGCAAAUAGGCCAAAGAUGCCUGGCAGAAGGUUGCCUGCUCGCUUCAACGGCAAUAAUUCUACACCUCAAAAUUCAAGCAUAGAAAAAAACGUGAAGGUACAUAAAGAGGAGGAAGAAAGUGCCAAACUAAAGCCAUUCGAUGUUAAAAAGCCAUCCAUAUUUACUUCGACACGCCUGUCUUCAUCGCCAACCUGUGUUGGAGUCGGUCAUUCUGCCGGGGAACCAAAACUUAAACAGGAAGCAGAUGAAGGGGAAAAGCCUUCCGUAGAAGAGCUCAAGGCUCAGAUUUUUGAGCUUUUGACCAUUGUAGAAUCACUGAAGAAAGAACACGGGAAAGAACUGGAAAGAUUGAAAAAAGACCUGGAGGAAGAGAAGCAGAUGCGAAAUAACCUAGAGGCAGAAAUAGAAAAGCUCAAGAAAGCCGUCUUGACGACAUGAAGGGCACCGUGGACUAUUCAUCCUUCACAUGUCAGGAACUCGGAACGAAGUUGAUCUUCCUACUUCAAACCAAUGAAUGCUAGCAUUCCAUUUUUUAAAAAAACAACAACGAAAAAAUGGAUAUAUAAAUCACAUAUUCAGUGAGCUAAGAGAAGAAAACGGAUUACUUUUUGUUUGUUUUGUUUCUUGCCAAUAUAGGAGAGGCCUUAUAUCUUAACUGUGCUGGAAUCGCAGACCUUUCUUUUCUCUUGGUUUGCUUGAAAAUACUACUGAAUCUGUAUAAAAAGGAGAGGGGCAAGGGCAGGGACGGGACGGGGGGGUUCUUAAUAAAUUUUUAUCGAUACCUGUAGUCUAAUUUUUAAUAGAGCUGUACUAUAAGGUGAUAUAUCUUUGCAAAAAUAAUCUGUAAAAUAGUCUUAUCGGAAGGCAGACGGUAUAGCCCUGCAGCCAGUUAUAGUCACUACUUUUUUCCCGCCACGCAGAAGGGAAGAUGAUGUUUGUAUAUAUAUAUUUUUUAAUUUUUUUGCAUUCCUAUCCAGGGGUUACACUGUUGUGCCUGUCUGCAGUGAGAGUAUUAAUAAUAUACUGUUUUGUACUUCAGGGUGAUAUUGGGAAAUUGGUGCUAUGCUGCAGCUGAGUUGCCAAUGCAAAGCAAUUCCCGCCCCGCCCCGCCCCAACUCACCCCUAACCCUAAACGAGAAGAACAUUGUCACUUGCACUAUAUGAUUCAUUAGAGAGACUUAAGAUGGAACCACCGAAAAUGCCAUAGGAAGAGGAAAAUGCAAAACCACGAGGAAAUCCAGGCAUAAUAUUGCAAAGAUCUUAUCGUUCAACCUGAUGUGCCUAGAUAUCACAGCGUACGGCAUCCAAACAUCCUUGAAGCUCAUAAUUUUAUAUACUUCUUGUAAUUCAUAAUAAAACACUAAGGACUCUAGUGACUUUUUCUGGUAGAAAUCCCAGUACGGAAAAAAAGAAAUGCUCAUAUGUCAACAAAAACGGUCCUGGCUUCCAGUCUUCUGAUGACAACUAAAUACAAUCUUAAAAUAAAAGCGGCAUCACAAGGCUGUUGCAGCAUUCAAGAAGUCGCAGAAGAGUUCCUCGUCCUGAUCUCGGCACAAUCCGUAUGGAAACUGCACAAGCGCCUGCCAGUUGCGGAAGGUUCCAGAAUUUAACAGAAUGUGAGGCGGCUCAACUCCCUCUUCAACUGUUUUUCCUGUCCCUCUGGGUCACGUGAGGAAGGAAGGAAGGCUCUUUUUCCCGUGGUCCUCUUUGCCGCUACAAAAGUAGAGUUUCAGAUUUUGCUUAUUUCAAAAAAGGUGGGUGGGGGAGGGGAGAGUGAUAAAAGAUGACAGAAUACCCUAAAUUUCAUCUUCAUUCUCCCGUUCCUGCUGUUGCUCAAAGAGCCCUUUUUAAAAAUGCUCUGGGUGCUGAGGAAAAAAUGACCUAAAAAUGAAGACUUUCAUCGCUCUCUGGCUUGCCUGUUUUGGCAAAGGGGUCUUUGAAGCUGUUCAUCACCUCGUGUGCAGAAGUAACAAGGCCUUCUGCCUAAAAUUUGCCCUCUGGGAAAGGGCUUUACCAGCUAGCAGUUGUUGAAGGCUUCUCCAUCAUGGGUCUGCACAAUAAGUUGAUUUCAUUUUUAACAUAGGCAACACAACUGCUGUGUUCUAUUUAAACGCAUCAGGAUGGGGGAAACCUACUUAUCUGCCAUGAAGCACCCAAAAAUUGGAAUAGGGGCAUUCCCCACAAGACCACUCUCCUAAGUCCUCCAUACUUCAGGCCUGUACAGCACCUUAGCAGACGAAUUUAAAUACAUCAGUUAUAGGGGAUCACAGAACUAUGUCCUAUUAUUUAAGGUACGGGGUUUCCCACAGAGAGACCUCUUCGUGACUGUCUUCAGUACAAAAUUUUGAAAAAUCUGUACAAUUGCAGCCCUGGGAGAUGCUGAAAUUCCAAGCGUUCGCUCCUGUUCCUUUGUAAACGGUAGUCCUGUGCAAAAGUCAAACAGUACAAAUCAUGCAGAAAUCUGCCACAUUCUUGUAGCACCGCAGUGGUCCAGACAACCCUGAUUCAUCCCUGUCUCGUUCUUAGUUGUUCUGGUUGCCAGAGCUGGAGCUUUUCCUCAGUAGAAGGUUCCCACCAUAUCUCAUUUACACCUCACUGAUAUUUUUCAUGAAGCCGUGCAGAACGUUUUGAUAGAAGCUAGGAAACCUACUUCUGAAACUCCUGUGCCCCCACUUGGAAAGACAUCCUUGAAGGUCACCACAAAAAGACAUUCAACCACAAAUGUUUUUGAUUAUUUAUAUUUUAGUAAUGUUGGGUGACCUAAUACCUUCAUUAAAGUUCAUCUGUUACUACUUUCCGUGAACCGUUAAAUUGUAAAUGGAUCAUUGCUCAGAGGGAAUCCAAAAAUGUCCUUAAAGGCGCACGAGUGGAUAUAUCUCCACCUUCUAGAACACCACUGGUCCAGUGGAAAGCUGUUGCUUGUUCCAGCCAGGUUAAUACUAAAGUCUUCUCAAUUCUGCCCACAUGCUCUCUGUGGUUGCUCACAACAAUUAUUUUUAAAAAAUUCAUGACCUCUGCACACACGGUUAGUAAAUUAUGUGCUUCCAGGCAUGCUUUGAAUUAUGCUCUUUGAAAUUGCACAGGACAAAGUAGUCUUGGGACUGAGUUUGCCUAAAGUUGACCUUUCUGUGUUAACCAGUGUAAUAUCGCCAACCUAAUUUCCUCAACCUGCUAACAAAAGUCCAACCUUGCACGGCUCAGACAGUUUUAUCGACAAAGAAAUAAAGAAUUCGAAAGGCCAUCUUUCAAUCUGUUCUUAAGGGAUGCUGGGUUUCAGUUUAAUCCAUAUUUUGGAUCUGAUUUUUACAUUACAAACUCAGAGAUUGCAUCCCCUACAGACUCAUGUUCACUCCAUUGGAGCUCUGGAAUCCUCAGCUGCAUUCCAGUAGAGGAAAUACGUGAAUUCAAGAUGUGGUCUUGUACCUCUUUUCAGGCAUUAACUAAUGUGGAGACAGAACUGGGCAAAGUAGUCCUGUGCAUGCUGUUCAGCCCAGAGUCCACAUCUAUUGUCUACUUGGCAGAUGAAUUUGUAGAAUUAUGCAGAGACCACAGUGAUGAAACCAGGGUUGCAUUUAUGGUAUUCAUUGAGCAGUCUUCUGUACGGUCCCUCGUCCUUCCCUCCUACCCUUCUGUAGACUGGCCUGGAUCUGUUGCUUGGGAAUUCCCACAGUGGUCCAGGAGGACUGAAGGGAAGAAGUGUGCCCAUUGCUUCUCAGGUGGCCCAGAGUCAGGAAAGACAAGAGGGAGAGGAACACCUUGCUGAUGGCUCUUGGAAUUUUCUGCAGCUGGCCCAUAUAUGCACAGUUUCCAUGUAUGAUUGCACGGAUGUCCACUCGUUGAAUAUCAUUUGCUGUUAAGUGCAGCCCAGUUGUAAGUAUUACAUACACCAUAGUAUCACAAAGGACUUCAGAAAUAAUAGAGCUUUUUUGGAAGGUGUUGCAUGCAGUGCGAAUAGUUCUCUGACUCCACUGCCCUCCACUUAUUCCCUGUGGAGGGGAGCCACUGAAAAUGUGCAGAUAGCUGAAACUGUGCAUUCAACCCAAUUUCUAUAAUAUAUAAACCUCAUCCUCUUGUCCCUCCCUUGUUGCUAUCAUUAAAUAGUAUAGAGAAAAGCAAAGCAAUAUUUUAUAGGUGGUUUUUUAAGUUGGCCAAAUUUAGAAUGAAUGCCUAAGUUCUGUACAUCAUGCCGUUUUGUAUAGGCCUCUUGCUUCCAUCUCAACAGAAUAUGAAUGGCAGAAAAGUAUACUCAGUUGCCCUUCUUUUCUCCCCUGGUUUGGCAAGAAUGCUGACUUGUUACUCAUUUGCAAGCCUGGAUCUGGAGUUAUCUGCCACAAAUCAUGAAUAAAAAUCUGCAACUUGAAAAAUGAAACUUAAGAGUAUGUAGAAAAUCAUGAUCCUUGGGAUUGUGUUGCCAUGCCGGGACUCAGCUAAGUUUGCAAAUCGAACGAGACAGUUCCAUAAGGGUUGACUGCUUCUGCCAGUUUACAUUUUUAGUAAUUUCAAUAAUAACGACACGUAUCUCUGGGUGAUUAAGCUAUUGCACAGAUCCAUCCCUUUUUGUAAACUGUAAUCUGAUACUUAUUCUUCCGUUAUUCCGCUGCAUCGAAAAUAAAGCAAAAAGCAUCAGACCGUGCUAUUUUAGAUGAGUGGGGAACUCAGUUUCUUUUUGAUGCCAACUAGUUGACUCUUUACCUUAGUCCUGAUUAUGCAAAGCGGCUAACUGAACAUAAUGAAAGAAAGUUUUCUCUGUGAUCUGGAAUGUACGGUUAAAAAAAAACUGAUAAGUUGCUGGAAAGCUGAUGCUGUAUCUGCCCCUUAUGUGUAUAGCACAUGAAUAGAAGACAAUCGGUUAAAUCAAAUGUAUUGAUUAUUGAAUGGCCUUUUUUUUUUUGCUGUAGCAAUAAAAUGACCAAGUGCAAUGACUUGAUUUAAUUAAAAAAAGAAACUUUUGAAAGCCGCUGCUAUGAAUAUUUUUAGCGAUAACGAGGUCUCCCUAAUAAUGUCUUAAAUUAAUAUUGUUUAAUGGCAAGUGGGAAGGAUAUGCAGACAUUCCAAAAAAGAAAAACCCUUCACAAAUAAAACAUAUGUAAUAAAUA